AUGAGCGUCAGACUGGCGACCCGUAGCAACGCUCGUCAGCUUGUACCAGCAAGACCUCCUCUCAGUAGAGCUGCAGAGAGGCCACCAGACUCCGAACGACGAGCGCAGCCUACCAGAGCAGCACUGAAGCUCAGGUUCAAGACCUUUCCGUGGAAAGGCAGGACGGUCUCUUACACCCGGCCGCGAGCGACUGGUCAUGAUCAGCAAGCGAGAAUGACAGAGAAGCCGCCGAGACCGUUCUCGGUGACGCAAGAAGCCAAUCCUCGCUUGAUGCAAGGCAGGGAAGCCGUCUGGUCAUGCGUCCACUUUCACAUGAGAGUCGUCCUGCCGCCACGCAACGGCGUCGCACGACAGCAGAUUGCUCGCUGGUCGGCGCAACAUGGCAUGUACCGGUCGGCCCCCUUUGACGGAAACGCAAAGCCGCGUCGAAAGACGCCAGCCGUCAGNUUCACCAUCAUCGUNCCCAAGACCAAAGAGACCAAGCUCAGCGUCAUCCGGAAUCGCAUCCAGACUCGCUUCUUGUCUGCCGUCCGGCUUGUCGCUCAGCACGACGCCAUGCCCGCACGGGAUGACCAGGCACACCCGUUUAGCGUGUCCUCGAGCGAUCUGCCGACCCGUCUGGACGACUUUCUGCUGCCAGACAGUCAUUACUUUGUCUCGCCCUCCUUUCGCUUGCUCACGCUCGACUUUGGCGAGCUCAUCGGUAGCGUCCGUCGCGGUCUGCUCGCCGUCAAGACCGCAGUCCAGCGACGAGAAGACAACUUCUAGGGUCAGAGAGCAUGCAAUGGUGUUGGUUGUAUCGAGCUUGCUAUGUCACAAUGCAUCGCACGAAAGAAAGCGAGCUUGCCGGCUUAUUUGGCUCGCAUGAUCGUUCGGCGACUGCUCGCACUACCGAUGAUGCGAUGCGCACAGUCUGUCAUCAGUCGCAAGCAGCUUCUGUCUCGUACAAAGCGAGUACAGCCUGCUUGCUGGUGCAGUCGACGAAGAACUCUUGCGCGACCGCC